GACGUUGAUUAUAUAUUGACAGGUUGUAGCCCGAGCUAUAUCUUCGUUUUCUUUCGAAUUCCUUAUCGAAUGGUUAUUGCAAUUUUCUGUUGUUGUGGCUUUGCUUGUUUUUGUGUUUUGUUUUGUUUGUUUGUGUUUGGAUGUUGUUGUUUUGUCUUUCUUACAUGAAUGAGUUUUAGUAUAUCUUAAAUUCGCCACUUUAGAAACAAGAAACGUCUGGGACCGCUCGCUUGUGGCAUCGUUACAGCUUUUGUCCCAAGUGACGGUCGCAAAAGCCGCUUCGAGAUGAUACUUGCCCAAUGUUUCUUCUCGUUUCUAAAUGUGCCAAAUAGGAGCUAGAGCUAUCCUUAAAGAGAAUCUAAACCAACUUCUAAUAGUCUGAUAUCUUAUUUUAGAUCAGGGGACGGAAUAUCCCCGUAUGCUUCACGUCUGCAGAUAAUUUAUGCUAGGUCAAAAUACAUUUUAUCUGUGAUGUACUAAAUUAAUAUAAUCGGUUUCUUUCUGCAGAUUCUUCCCUGAAGCUCCUUCAAGGCGGGAAAUUUAACAAGAGUAAUAUCAUGAUUGGAGUGACACAGGAUGACGGCUCAGUCUUUGCUGUUAGCGUUCUAGCCAACAAAGGAAUUACAGAGGGAAUACAGAGAUCUUUGUUUGAGGAGGUGAUUAAAAAUCAGACUUGGACCCGAAAUCAAAACUCGCACUUGCAUGAACUGAUCAUCUACCAGUACACCGAUUGGUCGAAUGUCACCGAUCCUUACCUCUUACUUCAACGAUAUCUCGACGUUAAUACAGACGCCUCCUUUAAGGCUCCCGCUAUCCUGUCAGCUAACGCAUUCGUCAAGAAACAGGCUCCUACUUACUUUUACCAGCUUGAAAGAGCGCCUAAAGUGUUCCCUGGUUACCCAACAAUUCCAUGGGCCGGAAUAUAUCACGGGGCUGAUGUUUUUUACCUUUUUAGUGGACCCUUUCUUGUGGCUAAGAAUCUCACAUCUGACACAGAUAAGAAACUCAGCAAGGAUAUUAUGACCUUGUGGACAAAUUUUGCAAAAACUGGAAAUCCAAAUAAUCCAACGUUGGUAGGGACAAUUUGGCCCCACUACACAGCUGACACUGAAGAGUAUCUGGGACUAAGUCUUAAUUUGACAGUGAGGUCCAAGAUGCGUCCAGACAAGAUGGCCUUCUGGAAUGAGCUUGUACCAAGUAUUGAAGAAACAAUAGCACCAACCACAACUAGCCACAUACCGACUACAACUGAACAAAUAGAUGACAAAAAAGACAAACUCGUGAUGGUGCUUGCCAUUUUAACAGGGUUGUUUGCUGCUCUAGCUGUGUUUUUACUGGUUGUGUUGAUAAUAACUCGCUGCAAGCCAACUCGACGAGGAAAAGAGUUUGAAGUGUCAUUAAACAUGUAGCCCGCGAGAUAAUUGUAGUCAGACGAUGACGUUGUCAAUUGUUUGACGCUGAUUAUUGUUCAGUUAUCACUUUUAAUUUCUAAUUUCCUUUUCUUUUCUUUUUUUCACACGUGGUGUAAAAUCAAUUCAAUUCAGUCUAUUCUUUUUCAUGAAUUAAGGUACUUAUAUACAUACCGAGCUGAGGCAGACGACAACGGGAACGAGGACGUCACCAAACAAGAAGCCUAAAGGCUUUCACGCGGGAUGCUUUAAAUGCAUGGCUUUCCCCGUAGAAAUAAAUGCUACCAUUUAGUUUUUCAGUUGUAUUUUAUUUCUUCAACAACAAGAUAACAGAAUGUGGUUCGUGUUAAAAUUUGUAUGCAUUUCAUAGUAAGAGUGUAAACAUCGUCAACAUUGUUACUGUACGUUGUUGGAUUCGUUGCCACAUGGUAUAAGCAUGGGUCGGGCGUGCGUCUGUAGACAUUAUUCUUAUAGACCUUGGUGUAGUAACCCGGGCAUAGUCCCAAAGAGGGAAUAGAGCGAAUUUAAACGUAAAAUGCAGCUUUGAAUGAGACACGGCAUCCUUGAAAAGCAGCUUUAGUGAUAUCAUAGGUUUUCAUUCCUAUAAUACCGUAUUAAUUAUUAGUUUAAUAGGCAUUUACUUAAGCUAAAUAUUGUGUAAUUUUGCAAUAAUAGUUAAAUUUAAGUAUGUUACGUCGGUGCAUUAUUUAUAUCGAUGGAAUAUAUUUAUAUCGAAGGAUAAGAAUAAAUGAUUGCUGUAUGGAUCAGUGA